AUGGCGGAGCCGGAGCAGCCGGAGUUCGCGCGCGAGCGGCACGUGCUGUUUCUGGAGGCUAUGGCGUCGGAGCUCCCCGCGGACUACGCCUCGCAGGAGGUCAACCACCUCACCCUCGCCUACUUCGCCGUCGCCGGCCUAUCUCUCCUUCGUGAGCUCGACAGUGUUAACAAGGAUCAAAUAGCCAAAUGGAUUUUGUCUUUUCAAGUACAUCCUAAGACAGACAAUGAAUUAGAUAAUGGACAAUUUUAUGGAUUCUGUGGCUCUAGAACAACUCAGUUUCCCUCAACUAACAUGAAGGACCCUUGCCACAAUGGUAGUCAUCUUGCAAGCACUUAUUCUGCCCUUGCUAUCCUGAAGAUUGUAGGUUAUGAUUUAGCAAACAUUGAUAACAAGGUUCUUUUGUCCUCAAUGAGAAACCUCCAACAGCCAGAUGGAAGCUUCAUGCCUACUCAUAUUGGUGCGGAAACAGACCUACGCUUUGUAUACUGUGCAGCUGCAAUCUGCUCGAUGCUAAAAGAUUGGACAGGAAUGGACAAGGAAAAGGCCAAGCAAUACAUUCUUAGUUGCCAGUCAUACGAUGGUGGCUUUGGCUUGGUUCCUGGUUCAGAAUCUCAUGGUGGAGGGACAUUCUGUGCUGUUGCAGCUUUGUGCCUGAUGGGUUUCAUUCAAGUUGAUUUGGCAUCAAAUUUACAAGAACCAUCAUCAAUUGAUGUACGCUUGCUCCUGGAGUGGUGUCUUCAGAGACAAGCGGCAGACGGAGGUUUUCAAGGAAGAAGGAACAAAUCCAGUGACACAUGCUAUGCAUUUUGGAUUGGAGGUGUCCUAAAGAUCAUCGGUGCAUACCGCUUCAUUGAUCAUGGUGCUUUGCGAAGUUUUUUGCUCUAUUGCCAAUCACCUUAUGGAGGUUUUACAAAGUUUUUGUACGAUCAAUUCCCGGAUAUCUACCAUUCUUACUAUGGACUUGCCGCUCUUUCCUUGCUGGAAGAGGAAGGGCUGGAGCCACUCUGCACCGAACUGGGGAUCCUCUCUGCUGCAUUGUAGCUUGGAAUUGAUUGUUCAUCUUCUGUAUUCAGUCAAGUUAUGGUGUUCUUUAAAGUCCAUUCUUGUAAUCUAAUACAACAUACAGCUGAAAAGAAUGCAAGUAAUCUAUAGAGUUCGUUUGUUUGUUUGGGUAGGCAGGUCAUGCAACAUUGUCUUGGAUAAUAUGAUUGUGAAGUACAGAGGAGCAUUCUGUAAAGGCUAUUUCAUUUUCAGUUAGUCGAACUAACUGAUAUUCUGAUAGACAGUUGAGUUGGCUGAGCAGUUCUAUCACUUGGAAAGCUAUUGAAAACAACUCAUGUAACAGCUGAACAAAAUUAUCAUCUUUAUUCUGUUUCUUGA